UUUGAUGUGGUUGCUAAGCCUUUGGUGGAAGAUCUUAUUCGUGGUAAAAACGGCCUUCUUUUUACAUAUGGUGUCACAGGAAGCGGGAAGACUUACACGAUGACCGGAUCUCCUGGGCAAGGAGGACUAUUGCCUCGCUGUCUCAGCAUGAUUUUUAACAGCAUUAGCAGGUUUCAGGCCCAGAAAUAUAUUUUUAGGACUGAUGAUAAAAACGGCAUUGAAAAAUUCAGAAUGAGGUGGAUGCAUUAUUGGAGCGGCAGAAGAGAGACGCUCAGAUGCAGGUACCCAGGACCCCUAUGAGGUA